AUGUCCAACACCUUCCACUCCAUCCGCUUCGCCCUCAAGGCCACCACCAUCUCCUCCCUCCUCAUUCUCGGCCACGUCCUCCUCACCACCGCCGCCCUUGCUCCAUACGGACAUCAUCACCACGAGCACCACGGACACCACGACCGCCACAGCCAUGAUCAUAUCCACCUGCACCAUGCUCACCAUUCUUCCCGGGAGACGCACUCGACCCAGCUGGCGUACCACAGAGCCCUCUGCAUUCUCUCCGCCCUGAUCUUCCUCACUCUACUUUGGUUCACAUUCGCCCUGCUCGAAGGGUGCGACCUCAACACGACUCGAUCCCCACCUCCUCCCCUUCUGCCGCAAGCCAUAAAGGCGAGGGAGGAUGAGACCCCUAUGGUGUUCAUGUUGACCGCGGUGGAGGUGAUCUGUGGGGCUGUUACCGGAGGUGCUUGGCUGGGUAAUGUUCACGACAGAAGCGGGCACAGUCAUUUCCUUCCUCACUUCUCACUAUUCCAGGGAUCUUUGCAAGUCGCCAUCACUCUCCGAGAAAUCAGGCCUGACGACGAGAUUUUAGAUAUCAUCCCGAUCACUUACAACAUUGCCUUCAACGCUAUCCUUCUUCUCAACUUCCACACCUUUUGGUCAAUCUGUGCCCACGCCAGGAAUGUGGGCGUCAGAGAGGUCUGCAGGAGGAGCUUUUGGCUGGGAAGGAUCGGCUGGUGGGAAGAGAGGGUUGAGCUUGAUUGA